AUGAGCCAAUUGCGACAACCUAAAAACAGAAUAAACAAGAACUUGGCAUUCUUCGUUGACCCACCAAAGGUCGGAUGGAAGCAGCUCUCUGAGGUUCUGAACUGGCAGUUCUCCUGCACCGUCGGCCGAGGCCUCAGCAAACAACAGCUAAACGUGUUGAGAGACAAAAUUGUUGGUGAACGUGCGGAUGACUGUGAAGUGUCUUGGUCUCAGUUUUGCAAGGAGAACAUGCCAGGGACGGGCUUCAGAUUCUGGCAGUGGUUGGACUCUCUGCUGGUGCUCAUUAGGAAGUUCUUGCAUCCUGUUUGGGCUGACGGGUACGUCAUUGGUUUUGUAAGUGAAGAGACGGUGCGAGAGCUGCUGAAGGAUAAAGAAUCCGGGACCUUUCUGUUGCACUUCUGUGAAAAUAAUCUGGGAUCGAUCACUUUCACCUGGGUGGAGCGAAAAAACGGCGAGAUGAAGUUCACCACGGCGGAGCCCUACACAAACUACAAUCUCAAUGCCACGACCUUUGCUGAUAUUAUUCGUGACUAUAAGGUGGCGGCGGAUGGAUCUGUCUCAGAGAACCCGCUGAAGUUUCUUUACCCCGGGAUAACGAGAGAUGAAGCAUUCGGAAAAUAUUACAGCAGAGGAACCGAGUGA